GCUGCUCUGGCUCUGGCUCUCCCUUGAACAGCUCCUAGAGAGAACAAGGCGUGCGGAGCUCGGAUCACCAGCAUCAUGCUCCUUGGGCUUGGAUCGGAGAUCCCCCUCUUUGAACAUUAAAAUAACUCAUUCGUCCAUCAACGUCCCAGGCAGACCCAGCGAAAAAACACGCACGUGAGAGAGAGAGGAAAGAGGAGGAAGAUAAAAACCUGCAACCAAGUGGACUAAAGCAAAGAAAAAAAGAGUGCUUUGCUUGCACAGCUGCAGAGUGGGAAUUUAAAGAACUGCAGAGAGAGAAAUUCCAUCUCAUCAGCACAUACACAUUGCAGAAUUACAGAUCCAGGUAGAAAUGACAUCAACAGGAAAAGAAGGAAGCGGAGCUCAACAUGCACAAUAUGUUGGACCCUAUCGUUUGGAGAAAACCUUAGGAAAAGGACAGACAGGGCUUGUGAAGUUGGGGGUUCACUGUGUCACGUGUCAGAAGGUCGCUAUAAAAAUUGUCAACAGAGAGAAGCUCAGCGAGUCGGUGCUAAUGAAGGUGGAGCGGGAAAUAGCCAUCCUGAAGUUGAUAGAACACCCCCACGUUUUAAAGCUGCAUGAUGUUUACGAAAAUAAAAAAUAUUUGUAUUUGGUGCUAGAACAUGUGUCAGGCGGGGAGCUCUUUGACUAUCUCGUAAAAAAGGGAAGAUUGACACCAAAAGAAGCCAGGAAGUUCUUCCGACAAAUCAUCUCUGCUUUAGACUUCUGCCAUAGUCAUUCAAUAUGCCACAGGGACUUAAAACCAGAAAACCUACUGCUGGAUGAAAAGAACAACAUCCGGAUAGCAGACUUUGGGAUGGCAUCACUGCAGGUUGGGGACAGCUUGUUAGAAACCAGUUGUGGAUCACCGCAUUAUGCUUGCCCUGAAGUCAUCCGGGGAGAAAAAUAUGACGGAAGGAAAGCAGACGUCUGGAGCUGUGGAGUCAUUUUAUUUGCGUUGCUAGUGGGUGCCCUGCCUUUUGACGACGACAACUUGCGGCAACUGUUGGAGAAGGUGAAACGUGGAGUGUUCCACAUGCCACAUUUUAUCCCCCCAGAUUGUCAGAACCUUUUGCGGGGGAUGAUUGAAGUGGAUGCCUCGAAACGUCUCACGCUAGAACAUAUUCAGAAACACAUAUGGUAUAUAGGGGGUAAGAACGAGCCAGAACCAGAGCAACCAAUCCCUCGAAAGGUGCAGAUUCGUUCUCUCCCUUCCUUGGAGGAUAUUGAUCCAGAUGUGUUAGAUAGCAUGCACUCGUUAGGCUGCUUCCGUGACCGAAAUAAACUCUUACAGGACUUGUUGUCAGAAGAAGAAAACCAAGAAAAAAUGAUUUAUUUUCUUCUGCUUGACCGGAAGGAGAGGUAUCCUAGUCAUGAAGAUGAGGAUCUUCCCCCUAGAAAUGAAAUAGAUCCCCCCAGGAAGCGUGUGGACUCCCCAAUGCUGAACAGGCAUGGGAAGCGGCGUCCAGAAAGGAAGUCAAUGGAGGUUCUCAGUGUGACAGAUGGUGGCUCCCCAGUCCCUGCUCGUAGAGCUAUUGAAAUGGCACAACAUGGACAGAGGUCUCGGUCAAUCAGCGGAGCAUCGUCUGGGCUCUCCACCAGUCCUCUCAGCAGUCCAAGGGUCACCCCUCACCCCUCUCCAAGGGGAAGUCCCCUCCCUACCCCCAAGGGGACACCUGUCCAUACGCCAAAGGAGAGCCCAGCAGGCACACCCAAUCCAACACCACCAUCCAGCCCCAGCAUUGGAGGAAUGCCAUGGAGGACACGGCUCAACUCAAUCAAGAAUAGUUUCCUGGGGUCUCCUCGCUUCCAUCGCCGGAAAUUGCAAGUACCUACACCAGAGGAGAUGUCUAAUUUAACCCCGGAAUCAUCCCCAGAGCUCGCUAAAAAAUCCUGGUUCGGUAACUUCAUCAACUUGGAGAAAGAAGAACAGAUUUUUGUGGUCAUUAAGGACAAACCGCUAAGCUCCAUUAAGGCUGAUAUUGUCCACGCUUUCCUCUCGAUUCCAAGCCUCAGUCACAGUGUCAUCUCACAGACAAGUUUCCGUGCAGAAUAUAAGUCCACAGGAGGUCCUGCCGUCUUCCAGAAGCCAGUGAAGUUCCAGGUGGACAUAACAUACACAGAAGGUGGAGAGGCACAGAAGGAGAAUGGGAUCUAUUCUGUCACUUUCACACUCUUAUCAGGUCCAAGCCGUCGUUUUAAGAGGGUAGUAGAAACCAUUCAGGCACAGUUGUUAAGCACACAUGACCAGCCUUCAGUGCAGCAGUUAUCAGACACCACUAACUGUAUGGAGUUGAUGACUGGCAGACUUUCCAAAUGUGGCAGCCCAUUGAGUAACUUCUUUGACGUAAUUAAACAACUUUUUUCAGACGAGAAGAACGGGCAGGUGAGCCAUCCCCCCGGCACGCCAACCAAGCAUAGCGCAAACAGCAAGCGGAGCGAUUCCGGUUCUAAUGACUAUGGGUCUAGAGGAGACAAUAAGUACCCUGCUGGCAAAGACAAGGCAAAGAUGGUCUCAUCAGUCGGCCUACAAGACCAACCUUAAAUAAACACAUAAAAAAUUAAAUAAUUUAGGAAAAAACAAAAAGCAAGAAAGAAUGAAAGAAUAUUCCUUAGCAAGCUAGCCUCUAAACUAGAAGGAUGUAUAUACCUUGCCACAACAGUACAAAACUGUCUAUAGACAAAUUUUGUAUGAAGGAAUGACUGUAUAUAUAUACAUAUAUAUAUUUAUAUAUGAUAUAUAAUAUAUAUCUCAGAAACAAACACAAAAACAAACGAAUGAAAGAAUGAAAAGAAAGAAAAGAAAAGGUAGCACAGAUGACAAACCCAGUUCACCAGAUCUUGGGUUGUGGUUUUUCGAUUGGGUUUUUUCCUCCCUUUUUUUGAA